CGACACCGCGUGGCAUUGCCCGAUAUGGGCCACAGAUAAUUAUCAUGUAAAUCGGGCAACCGCUUGUGUCUGGAAAACCAUUGUGUUCAUUUGUCUACAAGAUCGAUCAAGAUAUUUCUCAUUCUUUAUUCUCCCGAAGACCCAUCACGAUGAAACACGUUAUUCACAAUUUUUUCCGCCCUCAGAGUCUCUUAUCUUUUUUGAGAUGGAUGCGCCAGCAGAAAGAAUCAAGAAGCAAAGUUUCCCACGAGCGGAAUCAGCAGAUAUUUGUCCAGAUUCCUAAUGGCGGCCAUUGGAGUGAAUAUUCUCCCGUGGAAUAAAAAGGUUGGGAAACCCGUCUUUGAUUAGAACCAGAAAUCUGACCAUGUGCCAGGCAUGCAUGCAGGCCCAAGGAAAGAACGACUAGACGUCAGGGGGAUUAUUUCCAGCAAUAUCAUCCAAUGAAGUUGUCCUCGGGUCAAACAAGGUCAAUGCAGUUCGAAGUUGUUGGCUUUGAUGUACAUAAAUUGCCAAGGUCGGCUGGCUGGACACUGUUCAACCACCUUGACACGCGAUAUAAAUCAAGACUCGAUCCAUAGCCUAUACUUUAACUACCAAAUCAAGACACACCUCAUCAAUCUCUUGUUGUUAUCAAUAUCCCCUCCCGUGAGAAGAAACAAUCAUGUCACCCCAGGGACAGUCAAAGUCGACCGCUCCCCUUCAAUCUUUAUUGUUAUCACUUCCUCUUGAAAUUCGCCUUCGCAUAUACAUGUAUGCUCUCUGUUCAGUAAUGCUCCAUGUCCAUGUGUGCGGGCAUCCCAGCCUUGAGCAUAUUGUUCCCCGGGCUCGUGCGUUCAGGCUUUUAUCUCCUGACCACAGCAAACACUCGUCAGUGGGUGUCAUUCACACUUGCAUCAAUGAGCACGACGAUAUUUUUCAGCGUGGCCUGUGGCCCAAAGAUAUCAUUAGCCUGUCGAGUACCUGCCAAACCAUCAAAUCCGAGAUGAAAAGCGUCUUGUUCCAGUACUCCCAGCUCUCAAUCCGCAUCCAAGAUCUGCCAGAGAUCGUCGGCUUCCUCCGCGCCCAAGGCGUCCACCGACCGAAGCACAUUUUUAUCUAUGGACUGUUUCAGACUACAACACCGAGAUCUGUUGAAAAUCCUCCCGCAUACAAUACCCCAGAGGCGAAAGUUCGUCAGCUAGUUCUGAGGGAAUAUCCUACAAUCAAGCGGAUAACAUUGCAAUUCAAUAUCAUUUCCCCACGUUGGAGCUCGUGGCAGAAUUUUGGAAUUUCAUUCGUCGAACAUGAACUGUAUGAUCUCCAGUCUAUGUCUUUGUUUGAACAGAAGGGUGAAAAGUGGUAUGCAGUAAGACUUGGUGCGCGUGUGAAUGUAGCGCAGAUGACUUUCGAUAUCAAACGAGGGGAUUUUAAGUCUUAGAUUAGAUACAAUGACCCGAAGUGUAGCGAAGGGGGUGUGGAUAACUACAUAACAAGAUAUCUAAUUGAUCACGUUGACGACCUGACGUUCCUUUGAUCUACGGUGGCGGCAGUACCACAGCAAUCCAAUUGCAAUGAUGAAGAUGAAAAUCAAGCAGAUGAUGAGACCUGUAAGCGCCCCGUCGGACAUUUUACCGCUUUUUUGGUUUCCUUGUGACGCAGGCCGCUUGGCAUUGGUGGUCGAAGACGCAAUAAGGACAGGCGCCGAGGUCGAUGAGGAUGUCAAGGGCCAUAUCUCAUCAAUCGCCAUCGCAUCAGACUUUCCGAAACGGUCUGUUAUGUUUC